UUUAUUGAUUCUGUUAGAUUAAAGGAUUAUUAAGCGCGUGAAACCUGAAGGUGUGUUUAAAUGAACAGAAAUGUGUGGAAAUGUUCAGAGAGAGGAAGAUGAAAGUGAAAUCAGGCGCGUGCUUCCUGGUUCUUUACAAACACUCCAAGUGACACUGACAGGACACAAUGUUACACACACACACACACACACACACACCAGUUACUCACUGAUUAGGUGUUCAUUCAUUUCCUCUAACAGCAGCUGUGACAGUGGUGCAGGUGUGUGUGUGAGCAGAAAUAAACACACUCUCAGAUCUGUCAGGGUUUCUGUAGUAACCGCGCGUGCACGAAGUGUGUGUGUGUGUUUGUGUUCAUUUCUUAACUGUGGACUCGUCCUUUUGUUACUCAGUGUGUUCAGUCUGAUAAAGACAGAGCUGCUUCCUUAUCAUACACUCCACCCUCACACACACACACACACACACACACACACACUAGUCAGUGGUCUUUAUUAAAGCUCCAACAGGGGAUGGUACACACACACACACACACACACACACACUCAGUACUGAUCCUCUGGUUUAUUAACACCACGUGUGAAGUUGAUCUCUUUGUUCCAGCCUGGAGUUUUUUACAUUUACACAACUGAGAUCACCAGGUGUGUGUGAAUGCAGAAGAGUGUGGCUGUCCUUGGAGGCGGGAUCGGCGGUCUGUCAGCCUGCUAUUACCUCAGCAAGAGCUCCAAUGUCUCCAAGGUGGUGCUGUUGGAGGCGAAGGGAAGGUUUGGAGGGUGGGUAAACACCACACGUAGGGAGGAUGGAGCGGUGUUUGAACACGGUCCGAGAGGACUGCGUCCAGCCGGAGUGGUGGGAAGGAACACACUCAACAUGCUGUCUGAUUUGGGUCUGGAGGAUGAGAUCCUGCCGGUUCCUCACCAUCACGUGGCCUCCAAGAACCGUUUCCUCUACGUGAAGGGGGAGUUACACCAAAUGCCCUCCAGCUUCAGUGGAGUGGUGAAGACUGUCCCUCCGUUUACGCGUCCCAUCAUCCUCAGCGUGCUGAAGGAGGUCCUGGUGAGGAAGGGGAAGGAGGAGGACGAGUCCAUGCACUCCUUCUUUUCCAGGAGGUUCGGCUCUGAGUUAGCAGACAUAGCGAUCGACUGUCUGUGCCGCGGCGUGUUUGCGGGAGACAGCAGACGGCUGAGCGUGCGCUCGUGUUUCCCGCCGCUCCACAGAGCCGAGCAGGCGUGGGGUUCGGUCCUGCUGGGCAUGCUCCUCUCCCGCGAGAAGGCGGGCACAGAGGGCACGUCGGCGCUGGUACAGCGGGCGAAGGCGGAGUCCUGGGCGCAGUUUUCACUGAGGGAGGGGAUGCAGACACUCCCCGAAGCCCUGCAGGAGGCGCUGACGAGUCACGAGCGAGUGGAGAUCCGUCACAGCGCCCCCGUCAGGUCCCUCAGCUACACUGCGGGCGGCUGGGAGAUUAAACUGGAGGACGGAGCAACUGUCAAAGCUGAUCAUGUGAUCUCUGCUCUACCUGCCUCAGCGUUGGCCUCAGUACUGCCCCCUGCUGCCAAAUCACUGUCACAUCAGCUGCGUGAGAUAAACACUGUGAGUGUCGGGCUCGUGAACCUGGAGUACGAGGGAUUCGUGUUACCUGUAAAGGGUUUUGGACACCUGAUUCCAUCCUCAGAGAACAGAAGUCUGUUAGGGGUCGUGUACGACUCGGUUCCGUAUCCUCAACACGACCGGAGAGGAGAACCCACAACCAGACUGACAGUGAUGAUGGGAGGUGCUUGGUUUGAAGAGACAUUAGGUCGUCCAGCUGAGGUGAAAGGUCAGGCGCUGUUGGAUCAAGCGGUCCAGGCCAUGAGCUCGCACCUCAACGUUACAUCAUCACCCGUGUGGAGUAAAACUUCUGUACUGCAGAACUGCAUUCCACAGUACCAUCUGGGACACUGGAAAAGACUGGAGCUGAUGAGGCAGUAUAUCAGCGACCACGCUCUUCCACUCACGCUGGCCGGAGCCUCAUUCGACGGCGUCUCUGUUAUUGACGUCAUAUUUAGCAGCCGGAGAGCUGCAGAGGGGAUUGUGGGAAAAAUCUAAAGUGUAAUAAGCUGAUAAAUAAACCGUAUUGCUGUAACACUACAGAAGCUGCUCUGAGAUUUACAUUUAAUGAUAAAUGUUGAGGUUUUAUGUCUGACCAGCGUGACCAAUCAGUCAGUCCAUUUACAAAAGUAACCUUUUUAAUAAAGCUUUAUACUUGAGGAA